AAAAGUAGUACUACUACACAAUCUUUCUCUGCUCACUUGAAAAAAAAAAAAAAACAGAGAAGCAACAAUGGCAUCUUACUCAGACUUCAAAUCCCAAUCUCGUCUUCCCAAAUUUGCUUCCCCAAAACGCUACGACAUCCGCCUCAAACCCGACCUUACUACUUGCAAAUUCCAGGGCGUCGUUUCAAUUGACGUCGAUGUCGUUUCACCCACGAAACACCUCGUUCUCAAUGCUGCUGAUCUUAAUGUUGAUUCUUCUUCUGUUUCCUUCAUACCCAAAUCAACUUCCAAGGAAAUUCGAGCAUCUGGGGUUGGAUUGAUUGAAGAAGAUGAGAUAUUAGUUGUUGAAUUUGGGGAGGAGCUUCCUCUUGGAAUUGGGGUUUUGAAUAUAUCUUUUCAAGGAACCCUAAAUGAUCAAAUGAAGGGUUUUUACAGAAGUGUAUAUGAGAUCAAUGGGGAGAAGAAGAACAUGGCAGUUACUCAAUUUGAACCAGCAGAUGCGCGGCGAUGUUUUCCGUGCUGGGAUGAACCAGCGGCUAAGGCUACAUUCAAGAUUACCCUAGAUGUUCCAUCGAAUCUUGUAGCACUCUCCAAUAUGCCUGUCAUUGAAGAAAAGAAAGAAGGGGAUCUUAAGACGGUUUAUUUCGAGGAAUCACCAAUCAUGUCGACAUACUUGGUUGCUGUAGUUGUGGGCUUGUUUGAUUUUGUGGAAAGUCACGCCUCUGAUGGUGUUAAAGUUAGAUGCUAUUGUCAAGUUGGCAAGUCAGACCAAGGGAAGUUUGCUCUGGAGGUGGCUGUUAAGACUCUUGAUUUAUAUAGAAAGUAUUUUGAUGUGCCUUACGCCCUACCCAAAUUGGAUAUGAUUGCUAUACCUGAUUUUGCCGCUGGUGCCAUGGAGAAUUAUGGUUUGGUCACGUAUCGUGAAAAUGCUUUGCUGUAUGAUGAGAAGCACUCUGCUGCUGCUAACAAGCAAAGGGUUGCUAUUGUGGUUGCUCAUGAACUGGCUCAUCAAUGGUUUGGGAAUCUCGUGACUAUGGAAUGGUGGACUCAUUUAUGGUUGAAUGAGGGAUUUGCUACAUGGGUAUCCUACCUAGCAGCUGAUGCUUUGUUUCCGGAAUGGAAAAUUUGGACUCAGUUUCUUGACCAGACUACUGAUGGGCUUAGGCUUGAUGGUCUUUCGGAAUCACAUCCUAUUGAGGUGGAGAUCAAUCAUGCUAGUGAAAUUGAUGAAAUAUUUGAUGCCAUCAGUUAUAGGAAAGGUGCAUCUCUCAUCAGGAUGCUUCAAAGCUAUAUUGGCGCAGAUACAUUUCAGAGAGCUUUGGCAUGCUAUAUAAAGAAAUAUGCUUGCUCAAAUGCAAAGACAGAAGACUUAUGGGCUGUUCUUGAGGAGGUAUCCAUUGAACCAGUGAAGGAACUAAUGAAUUCAUGGACUCAGCAAAAAGGGUAUCCUGUUGUAUCCGUGAAGAUGAUUGACCAAAAGCUGGAGCUAGAACAGUCACUCUUUUUGUUGAGUGGUUCCCCAGGUGAUAGCCAAUGGAUUGUCCCAAUCACAUUAUGUUGCGGAUCCUACGAUAAUCGCCGUAGUUACCUCCUGAAAGAGAAGUCUGGAAGUCUUGAUAUUAAAGAGUCUGCUUGGUUUAAGCUUAAUGUGGACCAAACAGGGUUUUAUAGAGUGAAAUAUGAUGAAGAACUUGAAGCUAGACUUCGACAUGCUAUAGAGAGUAGCCAAUUAUCUGCAACAGAUAGAUUUGGUGUUUUGGAUGAUUCAUUUGCCCUGUGUACGAGUGGUCAGCAAUCUAUGACUACUUUAUUGACUUUGAUGGCAUCAUUCAGAGAGGAAACUGAAUAUACUGUUCUUUCCAAUUUGAUAAAUAUUAGCUACAAAAUUAUGAGGAUAGUUGCUGACGCUACACCUGAUUUGGUUGAUAACCUUAAAAAAUUCUUAAUCAGCCUUUUUGAGUAUCCGGCAAGGAGACUUGGCUGGGAGUCUACGCCAGGUGAGAGUCACUUAGAUGCCAUGUUGAGAGGGGAGCUAUUGACUGUGCUUGCUCAGCUUGGGCACGAAAGUACCCUGAACGAAGCAAGUAGGCGUUUUGAUGCAUUUUGUGCUGACAGGGACUCACCACUUCUACCACCUGAUACCAGAAAGGCUACAUAUACUGCGGUGAUGCAGAAAGUUAAUGCAUCAAAUAGAUCUGCUUUUGAAGCUCUUUUGAAAGUAUAUAGAGAAACUGAUCUGAGCCAGGAGAAGGGGCGUAUUAUAGGUUCAUUGGCAUCAUGUCCAGACCCAGAUAUUGUACUUGAAGUUCUCAACUUUUUGUUAUCUUCUGAGGUCCGGAGUCAAGAUGCUAUCUUUGGACUCUCAGUGAGCAAGGAAGGGCGUGAAACUGCUUGGAUAUGGCUUCAGGACAAGUGGGAUUACAUUUCAAAAACAUGGGGCUCUGGCUAUUUAAUCACUCGUUUUAUCAGUACAAUUGUGUCACCAUUUUCCACAACUGAAAAGGCAAAGGAAAUCGAGGAGUUCUUUGCAAGUCGAAUGAAGCCUACAAUUGCAAGAACCUUGAGGCAGAGUCUCGAAAGGGUUCAAAUCAAUGCAAGGUGGGUUCAGGCUGUUCAGAAGGACAACCGUCUUGCACAACUUGUCCAGGAUAUGUGUUCAUAGAAUAUGAUAGGAUCCAUGGAAAAGUUUCUCAGAAGAAACGCGCAGUGAAUAACCCAAGAAUAAAGCUCAAAUUGCUGCGUAAUUGAUAAUAUACAGGCUUGAGCUUGUUUGACCAACAUGGCUUUGAUGUUGAUCUCUGGAGUGCCGCCUGUUUGUUUUUCUAGUUGGGAGUUUUUUCUCCAAUAUGGAGUUUGAUCAUUAGAGUUAGAAUUUCGCAAAUGUACCAUAAAUCCUGUCUUUUAUUAAUGUUGCAGACUUCUGGUCUUUUAUGAUA